AUGGACAUCGAAAGACUUCGCAAGAGCAUUGGGCAGUUUUGGCAAACGACUUUGAAAGGCGCCGAUGAAGAGCUGCCGGGGACGAAAUCGACUACUACGAAGACGGCAGACGGGGUAGAAGAUGGCUCAAGCGAAUGGGGAAUGAUUGACGACGGAAGCUGUGCCGAGCAAGAGACUUACAGUUACAACAGCGAUGAGUUCGAAACCCAACGCGACCAAUACUCAGUCGGCUGGCUAUGUGCCCUUCCCAUAGAGCAGACUGCCGCUAAAGCCAUGCUAGACGAAGAGCAUCCCGAACUCCCUAAUCCGCCGAAUGACAACAACGCAUACACCCUCGGCUCAGUAGGAAAGCAUAAUGUGGUCAUAGUCUGCCUUCCCAAGGGCACAAUCGGAACCGUGGCAGCCGCCCAGACUGCUGCAAACAUGAUCACGACGUUUCCGAAGCUGAAAUUCCUUCUGAUGGUUGGAGUAGGCGGCGGAGUACCGUCAGGCUUCGAGUUUGAUGACGACGAAGGAACCGACAUCCGACUUGGCGAUAUUGUCGUGGUUGUAGAUGGACUGGAUGAGUGCCAAGAGGCCGACGGCUGUCGAUCAUCAUGCAUCUCUACUCUCUUGAACUUCAAGUCCGCGCUAGAACCCAAGGUCAAUCUUUUCGUCACUUCGAGGAGCCUUCCAGAUAUAGAUGAGGCGUUCAGAUUUUCGUCUACUCUCGAAAUCAACGCAACCGAUUCCGAUGUGCGAAAGUUCGUCGAGGCUCACGCGCCCCAAGUUCUGUCAAGGAUCAUUGAAACUGAUGGCCUGGAGGAGGCUGUCACAAAGACUGUAGUUGAUGCAGUGGAUGGAAUGUAA